AAUAUUUUAUGAACUCUAUUUUUUGUAGCCCGUGAACUUAUGUAAAACUGCUAGUUUAUAAACUAUGUAGAUUUUGACUUGAUCGUUUACUUCAAAUAAACUACAAUAUCAGGCCAACAUGAAGUACUUUCGCUUGAGUUUCAGACUGCUGCUAAUACAGUGCAUUAUGGUACUUCUGGUCAUAUUUGCAUCUUUUUCAACCUACAUAGCGUGGACCAAAACCCGUGGAAUAAAUUGGAAAAAGUCCAUUUCAUGGUAUCCAAGGUUGGGGACUCUAGUUCAAGACGUUGACAAUUUUUUUUGGUCCAUUAUUGAAAUGGACGAAUUAUCUUUGCAAGAAACUCUCAAAAAUGGACGUAAUUUGUCCGAUAAAUUUGUUCAUAGCAACGUUUUAUUGAAAAAAUCGCGGACUUUAUUAAGGAGUAAAUUGGAGGAAAAAAACACGAAUCCUACCAAAGCUAUAGGACCUGGUUAUAUAGAACCUGAUGAAUUUCCGUUGGAAUAUUGCCCGGAAUAUCCACCUUAUCUUCAAGGAGAACUUGGGAUGCCAGAUUAUUGGAGAAAAGAUCCUCCGACAUUGAGGGAAAUGGCAAAGAAAUAUCCUAAUCAUAAGGACGCCACAAACAAGCCUUUUGAUUGUAAAGCUCGAUAUAGAGUGGCAAUUAUAAUACCUCUAAGAGGUAGAGAAAUACAACUUCGGGGUUUAUUGUCACAUAUGCUUCCUGUUUGGAAGCGACAACAAUUAGAUUAUACGGUUUACACAAUAACACAAGCGGGAAAUCAACUUUUCAAUCGAGCAAAAUUGAUGAAUGUGGGAUUUUCAGAAGCUAUUAAAGAGCGAAAAUACGAUUGCUUUGUAUUCCAUGACGUCGAUCUUCUACUUGAGAACGACAAAUGUUUAUACUGGUGUCCGCAAAGUCGAGAUGAAAAGUUCGAUAAUCCACGACAUAUCUCGACUUAUAUAGAUAAAUUUGGAUACAACGUUCAUACAUACGACUUGGGACUAUGUUCUCCAAUGGCAUACAAAAAUAUGGAAGUUGAAGUGUUUGGUGGGGUUUCGAUGUUCACGGAAGAACAAUUUGUAUCGGUGAAUGGAUUUUCAAACUUAUAUUGGGGAUGGGGAGCCGAGGAUGACGAUCUGUUCAUGAGAACUUGGAAGAAAGGUUACAAAGUCAAUCAUGAUUCGAGCGGCGCAUGUUCAUUCCAUAUGAUUUAUCACAGAAGAGAAAGAAAGAAUCGGAAGAAUGCGAUCAGAUAUCUGCUAUUAAAACAUGCUUUAUCGAGACAAAAUGAGGAUGGACUGAGCAAUCUAAGGUAUAAAGUCCUAUCCCAUGAAAAACAUUCAAUAUACACAAAUAUUACGGUCGAUAUCGGAGGACCUUCUUCUAAGCUGAGGGAUCUCACAAGAAAAAUUGACCACGGAAUGGCAGAUAUAGACGACUUAUCUUGUUUCGAAUCCCUUGUUUGGAUGUAUCAUAAUUUGUUAAAGAAACCUAAAUAAUAUUGUUUUCAGCGAAACGUAUUUUAAACCAUACUGCACCUAUGUGUACACGCAAAGGCUAAAUACCAGUUGUAUUUGUUUGUAAAUUGUUUUCGCUAGUGCGGCCAAGAGUCUUCUAGUUUUUCUGGCUGUUCAUCCCAUA